CUAAAUUCGUAUGUAUUUUCAGUGAAGAAUGACCGACCAGGCAAAGAAGUGAAGCUCACCCAUGGAGACAUCGCGGCGCUGCUGGACGCCGUCAAACCCAUCUUACUUGGUCAACCAAUGCUGCUGGAGCUAGAAGCACCGGUCACCAUCUGCGGUGACAUCCAUGGGCAGUACUACGAUCUUCUACAUCUGUUUGACAUCGGUGGGCAUCCGCCCGAAACCAACUACCUCUUCCUGGGGGACUACGUCGACAGGGGCCGGAACUCCAUUGAGGUCAUGUGCCUCCUGUUCGCCUACAAAGUCAAAUACGAGUUGAACUUUUUCCUACUGCGCGGUAAUCACGAGGCGAAAGCAGUGAACCAGUUCUACGGAUUCCUCGCCGAAUGCAAACGGCGCUACAACAUCGCAUUGUUCAAGAAGUUCAACGAGGUCUUCAACUGUCUGCCGCUGGCCGCUGUCGUCGACGACAAGAUCUUCUGCUGUCACGGAGGACUCAGUCCGGACCUGAAGACCCUCUCACAGAUUCGACGGAUCACUCGUCCGACGGACAUCCCCGACGAGGGCCUGAUCGCCGAUCUGGUCUGGGCUGACCCACAUCCUGACCCUAAUGCCAAAGGCUGGCAUUUCAACGACAUGCGAUGCGCGUCCUACAUGUUCGGCACCGACAUCGUGGAGGAGUUCCUGAAGACGAACGACCUGCAGCUGAUCUGUAGGGCACACGACGUCAAGCAGGAAGGCUACGAGUUCUUCGGGAAACGCCAACUUGUGACCGUUUUCUCGGCGCCAGACUACGGCAGUCAAAACAACUGUGGCGCCAUCAUGACCGUCAGCGUUGACCUGGAAUGUUCUUUCAAAAUACUGAAACCAGUUUCCAAGAAAUCCAAAUAUCGCUACGAGGGCGGAUUGAGGGGAGCUCCAAGUCUGGAACUGAAGUCGUCGGAAGAAGUCAAUCGCGACUUGUAUGAUGAGACGUCUGACGAGGAGGCGCAGAGUGAGAACGUACCUCUCCAGAGGAGACACACGAUUAGUGAAGGGGUCGAAAGAGAAAAGAUGUCGUUCUGGGACCAUCAUUUGAGACCCGCGGCAAGACAGCGGUCUAACAGUGCAUCUGAUUAA